GGGGAGUGGGAGUGCGCGUGCGCGGAGGCUGGAGCCGGAGUGACGGGCAGAGCGAGGCGGAGCCGUUGGUCCCGGUGUCGCAGUGGGCUGGACCUGCUGAGAGCGGGAGACGGGGCCGGGCCGGGCCAGGCCUGGGUGUGCGCAGAUUGGUGAUACAUUAACCAUGGCUGUUAGAUUGCUCAGCCUCUUUGAAGAAUCUACAAACUUAAUGCAAAAAAUUCCUUAUUUGCGACCCAUUCUUGGAUUUACUCAGCUGCCUUGGAUCAGAUUGCAAAGAAACAAUUGGAGAACUGGUCUGCGUCAUACACUAGAAGGACAGUGUCCGAGAAUUCAGGACUCUCGAUCAACGGCACACUAUCUAGUGCAGAAACAAACAACUGUGUGUGUACAAGCUCUAUAUGGCAGAUCUCUCCAUUCUUUAUGGCUUGCAGACAUCAUGCAACGAUUUUAUUCCAGUGCAACAGGCAGCAAUAUAUUGGCCUCCAAACAACCAAUACUGCCAGCCAAAAGAACGCUUAAAGGGCCACGGACCAAACAGCCGUCAAGGACCAACCAGCCAGCACCAGAUACAGAGGAUCUAAUGAAAUGUACAGCCUUUGCAACUGCAGAUGAAUAUCAACUAGAAAAUCUCUGCCAUGAUCUGAUAUCAAGUGGUUAUAAUGAAAUAACCGAUCUGCCCAGAGAUGCCGCCAAUGUAUUGGCAAUUGGGACUGAUAUGUUGGCCAAGCCAGAUGACCAUGGAUUAAUCUUCUUCUUCAGGGAGGGCUCGGUUGUAUUUUGGAAUGUUGAAGAUAAAACUAUGAAAAAUAUUAUGCGAAUCUUAGAACGACAUGAGAUCCAGGCAUAUGAAGUGGCGUUGGUUCAUUGGGAGAAUGAAGAAAUUAACUAUCGGAUUUCAGAAGGACAUUCCAAACUACAUCGUGGACAGAUUUUGUUGAAUUUUGAUUUGGAGCCAAAUGAAUCUAUUUUGGAGAAAUUUGCCUUUUCAAAUGCACUAUCCUUGUCAGUGAAGCUUGCCAUCUGGGAGGUGUCACUGGAUUGUUUUGUUAACUCCAUUCAGUCCAUUCCAGAGAUGCUGAAGGCAGGAAAACGAGUGAAAAUUUCCCGAUCUGAAGUCAUGCAGAAAAUCGGUGAACUGUUUGCCCUUAGGCACCGUAUAAACUUGAGCUCUGAUCUGCUGAUGACCCCAGAUUUUUACUGGGACAGGGAGAACCUAGAACAACUGUAUGACAAAACCUGUCAAUACCUAAACAUUAACCGACGUGUAAAGGUUAUCAAUGAAAAGCUGCAACACUGUACAGAGUUAACAGACCUGAUGCGGAACCAUCUAAGUGAGAAACAUGGACUGCGACUCGAGUGGAUGAUUGUUAUCCUUAUUACCAUUGAGGUCUUGUUUGAACUUGGUCGAGUAAUUUUCUAAAUUAGAUGGAUACUAGUUUUGAACACAGAAUGGCAUCUUCAAGUAGUGGAUGAGCAGUAUCCUCCAGCUGGCUUCUGCAUUGAUCCCAAUCCCUGUGGGAUGUUUUACUAUUUGUGCAAUUUAGUUCUCAUGCAGAACUUCCUGUUCAUUCAUUUAUACUGCAUUUAUAUUGAUUUGGGAUUAACUGUAAUUCAUUGGUGAUAUCAGACUUACUUGAAAAUGUUUAAAUAUAGAUUUUUUUAUUUGUUUUCUUUUAUAUAAGGUUAUAAAUUCAUUAAAAAGGUUGUUGGCUAUUACUGUUCUGAAAAUAAAAGUGACUUAAGAGAGUCUUGGAUGCAGAAAGUAUUAUUGAAAUAUUAUGGACUAAUUGUUAAACUGAACUAUUAUGAAUUUUAGAAACUUAUUUAUUUGUUGAAAUGAAUCAUGGCAUUUUAGGAUUGGGCUGUCAUGUAUUACAUGUGGCACUUUAUAAUCUGUUAUUUCAACUACAUUAACAGCAAAAUCCAUUCACAGAUCCUUCUUCCUUUUGCAAGUCAUUAUUCACACUGCAACUUGAAAGUUUUCCUAUUUUUUGACUGAUCAUUUUGAAAGUUAGUUUAUAAAAUUAUUGGUUGGAUCUUUCUGCCAGAGAGAUUUGGUUUUAAUUAGAUCUGUCUUGCACCCUGAUUUUCCUCUCGACUGUUACUGAGUUGCCUCAUUAGAAUCCUAAUGAUAAUCCUAAUGGGAGAAUGAGAAUGCAGAUCGUAUCAAUCUUGUAAAAGUAUCUAGUCUUUAAAGUAUCCUGCACUCAACCAGGCAGGCAUGCCAUCUUCCAGCUCUAUUCUGGUCCUGUCAGGAGUAGUUACUUCAUUAAAUUUUACUGUCUGUAUCAUUAAUUAGUCAUAUUUAUGGUUUGUAUAUUGCAUUACAAGCUACGUAUACUUCUGCAGAAAAUAUAUGAUGCCCAGGGAACUUGUACUUUUUGCAAAUAAAUUGUUGCCAAUGUCUUAAAUAGACAUCAUCCAUAUAUUUUUUCCAAUUUGUGAUCUAGGCUACCUGUAGUAAAACUGUAUGCAGACACUGUUUAGAUACAAAUAAUGAAGGCCGUGCAAGUUGGAUAAUGUGAAGGACAAACAAUAAAGAAUGUAACUUAAAAUCAAAAA